AUGCCGGGACUACCUGUGCGAGCCCCUAACGGGGUUCCCGUAAAUAAUUCUGCCAACUACAACGACCCUCGCCUCGCAUCCUCCAUCAGCGCCUUCCUCAACCAUCGACAGCCAGCCUGGACCGGCACCGCCGUCGAUUUCAGUCCACGGCCUCCGACAGCACAAGCCCCAGCAUCGGCGGUACCCCCGGCGGCAGAGUCGGCAUCCGGGGAGGUGAUGACCCCUCAUGCAGGCGCGUCCGCUCCGUUCAGAGGAACAGGCCGUCCACGCGGCCGGCCGCGCAAAUACACAGGCAGACUACCCCACGUACAACACGCCGCCCACGACGGCACACCCCAACACGAACACGAGAACGAACAAGAAGAGGAGGCGGAAGAAGUACAACAACAGCCAACAUACGGUCAAGGGCCACCGUCCGUGCAGCCGCAACAGGCACCUCAACGCCCCGGCCGGACUGCCCAGACAGCUGCCGUCCUUCUGUCUCCAGCCCCGAGCGACGAGCCGAGUCCUGCCGUGUCGAACUCGAGAGAAAGUCCUAGCAUAAACCACAAUGCGCCCGCUCCCUCAUAUCACCCCGUGGUAGCCGCCCGAUUUGUACACAGCCUGGACGAUGACAAUACAGGGUCGACGUUUACAAGAGCAGGAAACAAUGGCUCGGCCCCAACAACUCCUGCGGUCCCACCUUCUGCGAGUCCGUUCUUAGCGCAUCCUCAGCUCCCGCCACAGUCUACAAAUGCUGCAGCAUCAAUUCCACAUUCUCCUGCGCCUCAGAACCAGUCACUGUUGGCCCACGGAGCUCCUCGACGCGAUGGCCAAGGCCAGGGCCAGGGUGGACAUGUCAAUUCGCCACCGUUGCCUCUGGCGCCGCACCCAGGUGAACGAGCGGCCAAGAGGAAGAGGAUAGAUUCUUCGCAGCCUCUUCCACCCAUGACGUACCUGGAGUUUCGACAUGUCCUCCAACGGUACACAAAUUCACCGGCUGUGAAGGACCGGAUCAAAGCAGGCACCGAGUUUGCUAGAUUUUCGCUUCUCGACCAGGCGUGUAUCAAGGAAGACGGCUUCUUUCUGGCCCUCCACCAAAUCUACUGCAUGUGGAGGAUAGGAGUUCCGGACGGCCACGGCUGUGCUCAAGAUAUCGACCGUGCUUUCAUGAUCGAUCAAAGGAAUCAUGCUUAUCUAUACCAGUCAGGCAACUUGAAUCCGCAGUUUUACCAAACAUGGCGAAACCAACAAGAGCUAGAAGCCCAAAAUGCUGAGCUGAUUACGUAUUAUCGCUCACGCGUCCAUCAAGUAAGGACCGGUACUGGUGCAGCCGCCAACGGCAACAAUUCCAUUGGCAACAACAGCACUACAACCCCUCAAAACAGGAGACUGUCAAUCCAGACAACGGCCCCGGCAGCCACUGGUCCGCCGAUGCCAAACAGUGCACCCCCGAAUCAGGCAGCUUUCACAUUUAGCAAUGCCCCAAAUCCAUACUCUCCGGUUUUUUCGCCAGGGAUGGAGGCAUUCCACAACGCUUAUCCUAACCAGAAUCUGCCCUCUAUGCAGCAUUCUUCACCAAGCGUUCACCCGUCUAUGGCUACGUCUCGAAGUCCGCAGGACCUGUCAAACCCAGCGGCACAAUGGCAGCAGCAACAACUACAGCAACAGCGCCAGCAACGUCCGUUAUAUCCACAACAAGGUGUACAAUAUCCGCCACAUGCGCCUCAACAGCAUGGCCUACAAAAUAUGGUGAUACCUUCACAGCUGUGGCAGCAAAUGCAGCACGAAGGGGCUCUCCGACGACAACAAAUACAGCAGCAACAGCAACAGCAACAGCAACCGCAUCAGCAUCAUCAUCAGCUACAGCAGCUACAGCAGCAACAGCAACCAGGGAAUCAAAGGCAGCAAUGGGUUACGGCUGCGAUGACCGCGGCUGCUAACAACGGCGCUUCAGCUGCGCAACUGUACACGGCAAGGGCACAAGCGCAACAACAGCUUCAGCUGCAGACUACAAUGCCCCUCCCCGCCCCCAUCGCCCCUACUCUCCCUCAACAGAUUCAAGCACAGCAGAACCCGCAAACACAGCAGCGACCGCAAAACGUGGUCCCACGCGAACCGGCUCCCGCGCGCACCCCGGAUAUACCGCUAGUCCCUCCGCUAGGAACAACGAUUCAUCCGUCAGAGUAUGCCUACGAGGCUUCUGAUAGGAGGUCCCUGCUGAUGGCACUGCAUCAAGCUCAUGCUCGAAGUCCCAGACGAACCGUAGUAGAUGGAGAAUCAGAGCGGAUGUAUCAAGCAGUCAAGGAACUAGUCACAAAGCCCACCCAGCUGGCGGAAAAUGUGCGUAUCUACACGGUUCCCUUCGAAGUAACUGAUGAGCAAUAUCGGUUGAGAGUGAUGACGGACAGGCGCGGUGUAGCAAUUGCCGUACAGCCCCACCAGUCGCUGCGCUGGAGAAUUCGCUGUUGCCGAAUCAAUAACCACCAGAAAGGCGUCGUGUCGGAUGAAACAUGGCGGGCCACCCAGUCGAAUUGGCCAGACAUUUUCAUUUCCUUCAACGGUAAUCCCCUUGAAAUUCGGAGAAAACCCCAUUUUGGGAAAGAUUUGUCUAUCGAGCUUACAGAAAUGAUCGUAAUGGGCAAAAACAAGGUUGAGGCUGUCAUCCAGAACGCCCCAAGUCCCAACUUCUUCAUCGCGGUGGAGUUGAUCGAAACCUUGAGGCAUUCCGCCAUCGUCAAUGACGUUUGGACGAAUCGGCUAAUUCCUGAGUCAAAGACUCUGCAAAUCAUCAAGGAUCGACUUGGCGGGAGCGGCGCCGAUGAUGAGGUUUCGGUUGCAGUACCGUACCUGUCCAUUGACCUGACUGAUCCUUUCUCGUCUGUCAUGUUCCACACACCUGUUCGCGGUGGUGCAUGCACCCACUUGGAGUGUUUCGACCUUGAAACCUUUCUGAACACGAGGCAGGUGUCCAAGGUGCCCUGCGGUCAUGAGGGUAGAGCAUGUAAAUGCCCGCCUCAGCCGACAAGCCCGGACAAGUGGGCCUGUCCGCUGUCAGGCUGCGAUAAGAUAGCAGGCCCGUACGAUCUACAAAUCGAUGGCUUCUUACUCAAGGUCCGUAAGGAGCUGGAGCGCACGGGAAGAAAGCCUCAGUAUAGUAAAGCUUUGCACGUGGAGGCGGACGGCAAGUGGACCGUUGUGGUGCAGGACGACGAUGACGAUGAUGAUGAUAGCGAUGGCGAGGAUCUGGAGCCCAGGCAGAAGAAGAUCAAGACCGCGUCGGCAACUCCUGCUCCGGUGCCCAGUGUGGCUGGUUCGGUGUCGAGGAGAUCUGGACCACCGUCGAAUGUGGAAGUGAUUGAGAUUGAUGACGAUUAG